GCUAUUGUUUAAGAAAUGUUCAUUAAAGCAGUUUCUGGUAGAUGUGAUUGUAUUCACAUGCUUUUAAAUCCCUGCAAACAUUUGGUUUACUCUAAACCAAACCCUCUCAAGGUUAUAAAAUGCAGGGCUGCUGUUGCUUGGGAAGCAGACAAACCUCUGUCUAUUGAAGAAAUAGAGGUUGCUCCACCCAAGGCUCAUGAAGUCCGUAUUAAGAUUGUAGCCACUGGAGUUUGCCACACUGAUGCCCAUGGACUACAUUGUACUGCUGAACCUGCAGAUAAAGACAGCAUGUCUCUACCUGGUGUGAAUCUGGGGACCUUCCCAAUGAUCCUGGGCCAUGAAGGAGCAGGAAUUGUGGAAAGCAUUGGUGAAGGUGUAACUAAUGUUAAACCAGGUGAUGCUGUUAUUCCCCUCUGGUUGCCACAGUGCAGUGAAUGCAAGUUCUGUUUAAAUCCAGACAGUAACAUGUGCACAAAGCUCAGUGAAACUAAUCAAACCAUUGGCCUCAUGACUGACAAGACCAGUAGAUUCACCUGCAAAGGACAGCAGCUCUACCACUUCAUGGGGACCAGCACCUUCUCAGAGUACACUGUGGUGUCGGACUUUUCAGUUGCUAAGAUUGAUAGUGCUGCAGCUCUGGACAAAGUGUGCCUAAUAGGCUGUGGGUUCUCCACUGGUUAUGGUGCUGCCCUGAAAUCUGCAAAGGUGAAGGAAGGUGCAACAUGUGUCGUGUUUGGACUGGGAGGAGUUGGCCUUGCAGUGGUUAUGGGAUGUAAGGCAGCUGGUGCCUCACGAAUCAUUGGCAUUGACAUCAAUGAAGAAAAGUUUGAAAAGGCUAAAGGUUUUGGUGUUGCAGAGUGCAUCAACCCCAAACUUCAUGAUAAGCCCAUUCAAGAAGUGCUCCUAGAAAUGACUGAUGGAGGAGUGGAUUAUGCCUUUGAAUGUGUUGGAAAUGUGGGCCUUAUGAAAUCUGCUCUGGAGUCUUGCCGUAUUGGAGGUGGAACUUGUGUGAUUGUUGGAGUGGCUACAUCAGGAACCAUUUCUGUCCAUCCAUUCCAUAUGGUACUGGGCCGUGUACUGACUGGGAGCUAUUUUGGAGGCUGGAAGGGAGCAGAUGAUGUCCCCAAAAUUGUGUCUGACUGCAUUUCAAAGAAGAUUGAACUUGAGGAUUUAAUAACAUUCACACUGCCUUUUGAAAAAAUCAAUGAGGCCUUUGAACUUAUGCAUACUGGAAAGAGUCUCCGAACUGUCCUGGUGUAUUAAGACCUGUGAAUGGAGUACAAGCUUUCUGCACAAGACCAGAGCACUUUAGCUGCUCAGCUGAUUCAUAUGACCAGCUGAAAACUAAUUCUGUAAUCUACAACUCUAGUUCCAUUGGCCAAUGUAUGUGGUUCAGCAUAUGUAAUUGUUAAUAAAUAUGGAAAACCUAA